AUGGAACAUUAUUACCCAAAGAGAACACUAGGAGUUGACCAUGAAAAUCAUGUCAGAGCAGCUGUGCAUAUUAUCAACGAAUCUCAUGAUGCUGACUUGGCCGUCAUUGAAAACUGCCUUACCAAGUGCAAUGUCAACUUCUUAGAUACAAGCAAUGGAGAUAGAGAGGAAUCAUGCCUCAAGAGAUGCUAUCUCAGAUACUUUGACUCUGCAUUAUUGAUUGAAAAGGAAAUGACUAAGCAUGUUUUUGGUCUUCCAAUCCAGUGA